AUGGGAAAUUAUUGUCAUUCAGAAGAGUCUCCAAGAUCUGAAUAAUAAAUUUUAAGAAGGUCACAAAAAGGGAAGGAAGUUUUUCAAAAAUUAAUCUCAACAAAUAGAUAAUUUUUAUCAUAGUGUUAAGACUCAUUUUUUAAAUUAUUUCAUGAAGUAUAGAAAUAGGUCUUAAAUAGUAAAUAGUUGAAAAAGACUUACAAUCACUUUCUAAAUAUAUAAACUAAAAAAUGCUAAAUUUCUCUAUCAAAGGUUCCUAUCCAAAUGAUGAAGAAAAAUAUAUAAUAUCAAAGAAGAUAUCUGAAGAUAUUGGAUUAAAAAAAAAGCAUCUUUACAAUUAACUAAUCUUUCAUUAUAAUUAAUUUCUUAUGGAACUCUUUGAGUUGGAUUAAAAAUAGCCAAUAACAGCUAUCUCAACCUAUAAUGAAGGAAAUUUCAGAGUAAAUACUCUAUUAAUUAGAAAUACUUUCCUUCCACGUAGUUUAUCUGACAAUUCUAGAUUUUAAGAGGUAAUAGUAUCGAAUUAAAAUAAUUCUCAUAACUCUACGAUCGAAUAACAAAUAUUUAGAUAAUUUUAACAAAAUAAAUAAUUGGCGAAUAUUUUCUUAGAUUAGUUAAGUUGCAUUUUUAAACUGUGUUACUUAAUACUUGAAUAUGUUUAUUAACAAUAUAUUAUUUAAAUAUUUGGAAAUUCGAUUGAUUCAUUUACUGAUCGUUAUUCAUUAAUAUCAAAAAUUUACUAAGAUAAUAUCAUAUAAGUAAAUCCCUAAAUUUAAUAAUUGAUAACUUCGGCACUUCAAAUAAAGUAUGAAAAUAAAUCAUCUCUAAUUUAAUCUGAAAAUAUGUCUCAAGCUAUUUUACAACCUUAAUUAAUUCCAAAAAAUACUGAUUUUAUUUUGAAUGAUUAAUAUGAGAUAGGAAUGAUAAGUUCUAUUGAAAAAUACUUAAAGUGUUAACAUUCAGAAUAGAAAAUAGAUUAUAGUUAAGAAAAUAAAAAUUAUUAUUACUCUUAGACCUUUUAAACAAUUGAUAAGAUAGUUUGUUGUAAAAUGCCUUGGUUAAAGUUAAAACUAAUUGGAAAGCUGGAUCAAUAAAUUGAAGAUAUUUUUUUAUCAACUCGAUCUUAAAGCCAAAUAACUCAUUUUAUCAAUAUUAUUAAACCUGAAGAUUCAAAAGUGGAAGUCUUACUUUAUAUUCUCUAAAAGUAUAUGUCUGCAAGAAAAAAUAUAAAUUUAUCUUAAUGUUAUUAUGAAUUAAGAUGGAUGCAAGAAGAUGAUAAUGUUUUACAUAUAAAAGUAAAAACUAUUAUAUGUCCAUAUUUCAGUAGAUUUUUAUCCUUAUAUGAAAUGGCUUAUAAAAAUUACCAAAGAAAAUAAGCUCAACUUUUAUAUAAUUGA